CGGGGGCCGCGGCCCGAGGGGGCCCCGGGCGGGCGACAAUGAGGCUGCUGAAGCCGACCUGGGUCAACCACAAUGGUGAGGCCGGCGGCGGCGCGGGCGGCAGGUGCCGCGAGGCAGGAAAGCCAAUAUUUUCAGUGGAUAUUCAUCCAGAUGGGACCAAGUUUGCAACAGGAGGGCAAGGCCAGGAUUCUGGGAAAGUUGUGAUCUGGAAUAUGGCUCCUGUCCUGAAAGAGGAAGAUGAAAAGAAUGAAAAUAUUCCCAAGAUGCUUUGUCAGAUGGACAAUCACUUAGCUUGUGUGAACUGUGUGCGAUGGUCCAACAAUGGAGUUUACUUGGCUUCAGGGGGAGAUGACAAGCUGAUUAUGGUGUGGAAAAGAGCUGCGUACAUUGGACCUAGCACUGUGUUUGGUUCUAGUAGCAAACUUACUAAUGUUGAGCAGUGGAGAUGUGUAUCAAUUCUCAGAAGCCAUUCAGGGGAUGUCAUGGAUGUAGCAUGGUCGCCUCAUGAUGCCUGGCUGGCAUCAUGCAGUGUGGAUAACACUGUUGUCAUUUGGAAUGCUGUCAAAUUUCCAGAAAUUCUUGCCACUUUGAAGGGACAUUCUGGCUUGGUGAAAGGACUGACUUGGGAUCCUGUAGGAAAAUAUAUUGCCUCUCAAGCUGAUGACCGAAGCUUGAAGGUGUGGCGGACCAUGGACUGGCAGUUGGAAACCAGCAUCACAAAACCGUUUGAUGAGUGUGGAGGGACAACGCAUGUGUUGCGUCUCAGCUGGUCACCUGAUGGUCACUAUCUUGUUUCUGCUCACGCCAUGAAUAAUUCUGGACCUACUGCUCAGAUCAUUGAGAGAGAUGGAUGGAAAACCAACAUGGAUUUUGUAGGGCAUCGGAAGGCAGUAACAGUAGUGAAAUUUAAUCCAAAAAUCUUCAAGAAGAAACAAAAGAAUGGGAGCUCCACCAAGUCAAGUUGUCCCUACUGCUGUUGUGCUGUUGGUAGCAAGGAUCGAUCUCUUUCUGUCUGGCUCACGUGUUUGAAACGACCUUUAGUUGUCAUACAUGAGCUGUUUGACAAAUCUAUCAUGGACAUCUCCUGGACCCUUGAUGGACUUGGUAUCUUAGUGUGUUCCAUGGAUGGAUCGGUGGCAUAUUUGGACUUUUCCCAAGAUGAACUUGGAGAUCCACUAAGUGAGGAGGAAAAGAGCAACAUCCAUCAGUCCACCUAUGGUAAAAGCCUGGCGAUAAUGACUGAAGCUCAGUUGUCUACUACCAUUAUUGAGAAUCCAGAGAUGCUCAAGUAUCAACAGAGACAGCAACAGCAGCAGGUGGAACAGAAGAAUGCGUCAAUAAAGGAAGCGUCUGGGACGGCCACAACAGCUCCCAAGGUGGCAAGCAUGGUUAAUGGGGAGAGUUUGGAGGACAUUAGAAAGAAUCUCUUAAAAAAGCAAGUUGAAACACGGACAGCAGAUGGUCGGAGAAGGAUCACGCCUCUCUGCAUAGCUCAGCUGGACACUGGGGAUUUUUCUACAGCGUUUUUCAAUAGCAUCCCAAUAUCUGGAUCUCUGGCUGGCUCAAUGAUGUCUUCUCAAAGUAACCAGCAACUCAUGUCAUUAGAUUCUAAUGCAGCCAAUUCCCUUAAUACUUCAAAGCCUUCUGUAGAGCCAACAGCAGCCAGUAUAAAACCAACAGAUGAUACAGCAAAUAAAGAUGGUGUAACUACUACCUCUGCUUCCACUGUUCCUCCUGCACCAUCUUCUUCUGUGCUUACAACUCCAUCCAAGAUUGAACCUAUGAAAGCAUUUGAUUCUAGAUUUACAGAACGAUCCAAAGCCACCUCAGGGACUGCUGUCGUAACAAAUACAAAUCAGACUGUUGUGGACAGACUGAAGGAUCAGAAUUUAAUUAAAGACAAUAAGCCCAAGGAUAUUCUGGAGAGCAGCAGUGACAGUGAAGAGAAGAUUCCAGCUGCUAAACCACUCAGUGCACCUAAACGUAAACUGGAACUUGAGGGAGAAACAGUAGAAAAGAAGAAAAAGGGAAGGCCUCGAAAAGACUCCAGACUUGUACCAGUGACUUUAACUGUUCAGUCUCCAGCUACACUGGCCUCUGAGAAAGAUGCUGCUUGCAUCUCUGCACCAGCAUUAGCACUUAAACUGCCAACCCCAAUCCCACAGAAAUCAUUUACUUUGCAAAUAAGUACAGAUCCAUCAAUGUACCUUGAAGUGGAGAAUGAAAUGAGCACAGUGGGAGGUUCAAAGUUGAGCAGGUUAAAGUGUAAUCGAGAAGGAAAGGAAUGGGAGACUGUCCUCACCAGUCGAAUUCUCACUGCAGCAGGAAGCUGUGAGAUUGUAAGCGUAGCCUGUGAGAAACGAACAUUGUCAGUAUUUUCGGCUUGUGGUCGUCGCCUUCUUCCCCCUAUAGUAUUAAAUACACCCAUCUCUACCCUACAUUGCACGGGUUCCUACGUCAUGGCUCUCACCACUGCAGCUACGCUCUCUGUCUGGGAUGUUCACAAGCAGACAGCCAUAGUUAGAGAUGAGUCUUUGCAAACAAUAUUGUCAGGAAGUGAUGCAACAGUGUCGCAGAUCUUGCUGACUCAGCAUGGUAUACCUGUAAUGAGCAUGUCUGAUGGAAAGGCAUAUUGUUUUAAUCCUUCUCUUUCUACGUGGAAUCUUGUUUCUGACAAGCAGGACUCCUUAGCGCAAUGCGCAGACUUCAGGAAUAGUUUACCAUCCCAAGAAGCCAUGCUGUGUUCUGGGCCCUUAGCUGUAAUACAGGGACGAACAUCAAAUUCAGGAAGGCAAGCUGCAAGAUUGUUCUCCAUGCCUCAUUUAGUACAACAAGAAACAACGCUUGCAUACCUGGAGAAUCAGAUAGCAGCAGCACUUAUGUUACAGUCCAGUCAUGAAUAUCGCCACUGGCUCCUUAUCUAUGCACGGUACCUAGUUAAUGAAGGAUUUGAAUAUCGUUUGCGAGAAUUAUGCAAGGAUUUACUGGGUCCAGUCCAUUACUCAGCUGGAAGCCAAUGGGAAUCAACAGUAAUGGGUUUACGAAAGAGAGAACUAUUGAAAGAACUUCUUCCUGUUAUUGGACAGAACCUCCGCUUCCAGAGGCUUUUCACAGAAUAUCAAGAGCAGCUAGACAUCUUGAGAGACAAGUAGCAUGUCUCUAGAUUUUCCCUGAGGAGCCUGGUCCGAGAGAAACUGCUGAACAGUGUUAAACAGAGUUAGAGGAGAGAACCUGGUCAGAAUGGGACACUCCUGAAGAGAGCAAUACUCUAAGGGUCCCAGAUACUUCACGAGUGACCUACUUUAGUUUCUAAAGAAGCUCACAUGUGGAUUCAUGAAUAUGAGCAGAAGAGCUAGACCAUUUCUAAGUGAAACUUAACCAUCAAAGCUGUGGCCUCUGUUUCUAUGGAAAGUUGUGGAUAUGUACUUCAGGGGGUCCUUUUGGAUCUGGAUCUCAUUUUAAUAUCAAAACUAGCUGAGAACUAUUUGUAAGGUUUCUUGGAUGUCCUGUGAAAAGCACAGUACUUCAGAGUACACUGAACAGCAUAUUUAACCCUGUUUAGGGUUUUUUUUUUUUUUUUUUUGCCUGAGGAUUUAUUGAGGCUCAACACUAUAUUAAAUUAGAUGAAUGAGCCACAUAAAAAGAAAUUUCAUAAAUAUUAAGGUAUUAUGCAGCCAAUAGACUCUUACCUGUGAAUAUAAUAAUAAUAAGAGGCUGUUCUAACACAUGGACUAUUUUUGUACUAGAAUUUGCUAACUUGUAAUAUGGAAUUUUAUUUGGCCAGUAAUCAGGCUAUCUCUACAGAGUCAUCUUGUAGGAAAUUUAACUCUAAUUACAAAAGCUAUGUUUCAAAAUAAUUCUACCAAAUUAACAUGUCACCAUCUGGUUUUUAAUUUUUAAAUGUUUGUAAAAGGCAUUUGGGGGGAGGGGGAGGGAUAUAAGGGGG